UACUGCAUUGAGGGAAUCCAUAGAAAGACAAGGGGACAUCGAAGCAAGUAUUCAGAACUUUGAAAUGAGCCCGGAGCGAUCUGAGCAUGUCUGGGGCUGUUUCCUGCUUCUUAAUAAAAAAUUAAGGAAUUUCCGUUGAGCGCUAAGAAUGCUACUGGAAUGCAUCUGGAGAAGAAAUGACUCUGCUCUUUCUCAUCCAUUUCUUCCCAUCCGUCCCAUGCUGUUGUAAUUGAUCUGAUUCAGAAGAAUUUUCUUCUAAGAUCAUGACUGAAGAAAAGAAUCUGGGGGUGUCUCAGAAAGGCUUGUCACCUUCAAGAAGUACUAGCAGCUGUUCUUCCAAACAAGGAAGUAGGCAGGACAGCUGGGAAAUCAUAGAAGGGCUUCGUGGAGUCAUGAAUUACACACAGGAACCGCAGAAGCAGGAAGGCUACCUGCUGAAAAAAAGGAAAUGGCCUCUAAAAGGUUGGCACAAGAGGUGCUUCUUUCUGGACAAAGGGAUUUUGAAAUAUGCAAAGAACCCAACCGAUAUAGAGAAAGGGAAGCUGCAUGGAUGUAUAGAUGUUGGCCUUUCAGUGAUGUCUGUGAAGAAAUCAACUAAAUGUAUAGAUUUGGAUACUGAGGAACACAUUUAUCAUUUGAAGGCAAAAUCUCAGGAAGUCUUUGAUGAAUGGGUAGCAAAACUGCGUUAUCAUAGAAUGUAUCGUCAAAAUGAAAUUUCCAUGUUUCCAUAUGAUAUCAACAAUCAUUUCUUCUCAGCUUCAACCUCUAUUGCAGAUUCAGUAACUGGUCUUUUGGAAUCAACAGCAAACAAAAAGAGAGGCAGCAUGACACCGCAAAAUCCAGUGCAGGCGGGAAGUACUAUGUCAUUCUCUUGUUUAAACGAGUCAAAAAUUCCAAACUGUUUGCAGCCAUCUGAAGAUAUGGAAAGGUGCUCAAAAGACCUCUCCCAUUGCCAUAACUAUCUCUUGGAGAUGAGCCAGCUUUUACAAAGCAUGGAAGUCCUCCAUAGGACAUAUUCGGCACCUGCCAUAAAUAUUCAGCAAGGCCUCCUCUUUGAAAGUCCAAAGAAAGAAAAAAGAACACACAGAAGAUGGCGUUCCCGAGCUUUCGGUAAAGAUGCUAAAGGAAUGUUGCAGGUACCAGCUGUCCUUUCUGCUCCACUGAGGCUGCAUGCUUCGAAUCCUAAUUUAUCUACAUUAGAUUUUGGGGAUGAAAAGAUUUACUCAAAUGGUUCUGAGGUGACAUCAGAAUUUUCGAAACUGCAAGAGGACUUGUGUCACAUAGCACACAAAGUGUACUUUACCUUAAAGUCAGCUUUUAGUACGAUAUCAACAGAGAGAGAGAAGCUGAAGCAGAUGUUUGAACAUGAUUCAGUCUCAUCUCCAUCUGCUCAAAUAAUUGGACUGAAGAAUGCCUUAUCAUCUGCCAUAGCACAAAAUACAGAUCUUAAAGACCGGUUAUGCAGAAUACAUGCCGAAUCUAUGCUCCUUGAUUCAGCUGCUAAUGCAAAAUCCAGCCCUGAUUUUAUAAAGGAAAUUUCUGAAAAUCAAAACAGGGGUCUUGUUCACCAGCUAUCCAAUGAAAGCAGACUAUCAAUAACAGAUUCACUCACCGAAUUUUUUGAUGCCCAGGAAGUCCUGCUGUCUGCCAGUUCUUCAGAAAACGAGGUGUCUGAUGAUGAUUCAUAUGCCAGUGAUAUAAGUGAUAAUGUUUCUGAAGACAACCUAAGUAAUGACAUAGAGAAUGAAAGGCAAAUGCUUGAUUGUGUCCCAGAUGGUAAUGUGGAAUGCCAUUCAAGGCGGAGGACACGUCUACCAGCUCCAUGCCCCAAUACGAGCAACAUCAGCCUCUGGAACAUUCUACGGAAUAAUAUAGGAAAAGAUCUCUCCAAGGUGUCCAUGCCGGUUGGGCUGAAUGAACCUCUGAAUGCUUUGCAGAAGCUCUGUGAGGAACUGGAGUAUAGUGAAUUGUUGGAUAAAGCAGCAUGUACACCUAAUCUCUUUGAAAGGAUGGUUUAUGUGGCUGCUUUUGCGGUCUCUGCCUAUGCAUCUAGCUACUACAGAGCUGGAAGCAAGCCAUUCAAUCCUGUGCUUGGAGAAACCUAUGAAUGUAUUCAUGAAGAAAAGGGUUUCCAUUUUUUUUCUGAACAGGUCAGUCAUCACCCAGCUAUAUCUGCAUGUCAUGCUGAAUCUGAUAACUUUGUAUUUUGGCAAGAUAUCAGAUGGAAAAACAAAUUCUGGGGAAAAUCCAUCGAAAUAGUACCAAUUGGUACAACACAUGUAAUUUUGCCAGGUUUUAGGGACCAUUAUGAAUGGAAUAAAGUAACAUCUUGCAUUCAUAAUAUUUUAAACGGACAGCGAUGGAUAGAACACUACGGAGAGAUCAUAAUCAAGAAUCUGAAUGAUGAUAGCUGUUACUGCAAACUUAUUUUUGUAAAGACUAGUUAUUGGAAUCGCAGUGUUCAUGAGAUUGAAGGCAGUGUUUUCGACAAAAAUGGAAAAGUAGUACAUCGGCUUUUUGGAAAAUGGCACGAAAAUAUUUAUUGCGGAACACCAUCUUCAGCAAACUGCAUCUGGAGAGCAAAUCCAAUGCCUAAAGACUAUGAACAAUGGUAUGGUUUCACACAAUUUGCAUUAGAAUUAAAUGAAUUGGACCCUAUCACUAGACCACUGUUACCACCGACUGAUACCCGAUUUAGGCCAGACCAAAGGUUCUUAGAAGAAGGAAAUAUUGAAGAUGCAGAAAUAGAAAAACAAAGAAUUGAAGAGCUACAGAGAAAGCGACGGAAAGUUCUAGAAGAAAGCAAUGUAGAACAUCAUCCUAGAUUUUUCAGGAAAUCUGCAGAUGACUCCUGGGUAAGCAACGGAACUUACAUGGAACUUAGAAAAAACCCUGGAUUUUCCAUGCUGGAUAAUCCUGUGCUGUGGUGAAAAACGGACAAGAGAAGAGGACAUUUAACAAUUGUUUCCUGUUCAUAAGGAAGAAAAUGCUGCAUAUCAUUUUGAUCUUCUAGACUAUUACUUGAGAUUUUUGGCAUGUAUAUUUACUUCAUUCUGUUUCUCUUCUAUUUCAAAAGUAAUUAAUCUCUUUCCAGAUUUACAAAAACUCUUAUUUUCAUUAUGUAUAAAUAAGUGAUUAUUGAAUGUUAUUUUUGAAUGGAGACAAAAGAGAGAUAAACACUAUUUUUCCAAAGGACAAUGCAAGAAAGAUUUAAUGCCUUAUAAAGUUGUGUGACAGAUAUUAUCAGUCAGCAGCAUUUAGCUGUACAAACACAAGCAAAUAGCUGACACUGAUCCCUCAGCAGGGCAGUAAGCCACCAAAGCUAUUGUGUAUUUAUUACGUCUCUUGCCUAAGAUUCUGUUUCAAACACUGGACUAUUUUUUUAACAGAUUCAGUAACUUAAUAUUGUAUCUGAUUUUUUUUUUUAAACUAUUCUAAGAAAUUAUGUAAGUGGUAGUAGUAUUGGCAAUUAAUUCUACUGCCUUACUAAAAGGAUAAAGAAUUUUGGGAAGUUCUCUUAUGACUUGGUGAAAUGAACUGAAAACUGUUGAAGAAUUAAAGGCUUUAGCAGGACCUGCACAGGAGAGGUUCCAACUAAAUUGUGUCCCAAAUUUUUAUCAUAGGAUAUAUAUGGAUAAAGCUGUAUAGGAAGCCUGUGCAAAUCCUUUGAAGUAGAAUGAAGCACCUCUUUUCAGACCUUUAGAGCAGUUGUGUCUUUUUUCCUUCUGGGCUUGUGUGGCUGCUUCGAGAAGUUGCUCCAAGCUACCUUCAUUGGUGCAUGGAUGCACAGCCACUUUCACUUCACAUGGAGGGAGCCAUGCAAGUCUGGAAAAAGGCAUGGCUGCUUUAGUGAUUUCUAAAGGGAUGCUUUGUACAUACUCCUGUCCCUUCUGAAGCACAUUCUUAAAACCCCACAAGCACAAAAAAACGCCCCCCCCCCAUUUAAUCCCAUUCCCCUGGUCUCUUUAUACUGCCAGACAGACUCCUGUGACUCUCCGGAGGGGCAGGAGUUGAAGUAUAACCCUGAUCUCUCAAAUGAUGCUUGUCUAACCUAGAACAUGGAUAAAAACAACCACAUGAAGAGAGAUACUGUUUAGUCUUUAACCUGAGCUAAACAUUGAUGGAAGUUUUUUGGUUCACUCUGUAGACUUAUUUCGUUAAAAAGUAACUAAGGCAAUAUAAAAAUCCUUCAUUUUAACCAUUUGCAAAGUAGCAAUUAUGUUAAAAGACUAUUUUUUUCUAAAACAAUAUUUUGGUACUUUCUACCUCUUCUAAGCAGCUUAUUUAAUACCUUGUAUUUUUUGUUUAAAAAAGCUGACCAUCUGCCUUAGAUAAAUGCUUGAAAACUAUGAUCUUCCUUCAACUUUAGUAUUCAGUAAUUAUUUGUGUUGUACUAAGCAGUUAUAUGUUUUCCAGUAUCUUUGUUUAUAUUGUAAUAUUUUCAUUAGCAGACUUAACCAGGAUCUGAAAUAGACAAAAAUAGCACUUUGGAAUAAAGUUGACAACCUUUAGUUUAUUAAAUUACAGUUUUAUUAUAGUAUCAUACACUUUCUUACAAAAAUUACUGUCUGGACACAUACUUGUUUUAUGAGCUUUCACAUUUUGUAGCCUACAAACCAAGGAAUAAUGUUGGUAUACAGUGUUGAAUACUUUCUUCUUCAUUGGCAAAACAUUUGAUUUCUUUAUUACGAAGUGCAUAUAUGGAAGUUAAAUCCAUUAAUUUCAAAUGAUACACAUGAAAUUACUGCGCUGCCCCAAACCAUUUCUAUGAAACACACAACUCAGUGCAACUAUCUCAGCCUUUUAUUUGGAGAUACUUUUUCCAAUAAAUUGGGAAACUAAUGCAUAUUUGUCUGCUGAAGCAGAUUUAAUUGAUGAUGGUUAUUCAUACAAAGCAAAUUAUUUGGUUUGAAUCAGGACAUUAGGAGGGUUUCUCACAUUGAUAUUUAUUAUACAUGUGGAUCAAAACCUAAAAACAACAGCCAGCUCAUUCUAGAUCACAUAAUGAGGCCUACAAUUGAGCCAAGUCACUACAUGGUACAGCAUUUAACUUUGGUAAAACAAUUUCAUCAAUUCAUUUUCAGCAUGAAAUGGCAAAGCAGAAGAGUUACUUCUCUUUCUCCCCAUUCACAACACCUUUUCUGUUAGAUUUUAAAGCUGGCAUAGACAAAGACAAUGCCUCUGGACCCAACAAAUGCAGUGCUACACCUGCUGUAACCUGAGAAUUUUGUAAUCUUGAUGUGGCUGACUGCCAGUACACAGAUCACUUGGGCUUCUGGAACAAACAUCUCCUUUUCCCCUUUCUACCAGGAAAGCAUUUGUAUCUCACUAAAUCUCCCUUAAAUGGCUGUCCAAGAAGCUAAGUUAGGAUUGUUCUGCCUAACAUCACACACACACACACACAGACCUACCUACCUGCCCUCAUUCAUUCAUUCAUUCAUUCAUUCACCCUUUUUACAUUAAUAUAGAAAGUAUUUUAACAAUAUCUUGACUUUCAGUUCUCUAUUUCAUAUUAUAUGAUUAUGAUGCUUUUUUUAAGUGAUUAAAAUUCCAUGCAGCAUUCUUGGGAUUAGUGCUUCUAAAAGCUAUCAAUCAUCAUGAUUUUUUUUUCAAGUUUCCAAACAACUUUCUUCAGUUAUUUGGACAAGCUCACUGCAUACAUUUCAUAAAUAUUUUCUUUAGUUUAUAUCAUUUCCAUAUUCUGUUCAGCUAAGAAUGACUGACUUAAUUUUGCCUUCUACAUUCAAGAACUGAUUUGGGAGCAGGUCUGCUGCUGUCCUUGGAAACAAUUGCUUGCUUGCUUGCUUUCCUGUUUUGUACUUUAUGCCAUCCAAGCACAGUUUUUAAAAUUUAAUGUAGCUUUUAAACUGAAUACAUUAAUGUUACAUGAGUCAGGAACUUACCACAAUGCAUACAUCAAGUAGUUGUAUUCUGGAAUAGAAAUGUUGUAAUCCACAAUACAAAAAAGGGAAACUGAUGUAUUUGUUGCUUUUUUAAAAAAAACCCACAUAGGCAAGGUUUCAUUGUGUUUGUCAGCAUCCUAAAUAAUUUCAGUAUUUACUUAGUUUCUUAUAAACAGAAUGGGGAAAUGUGUGCUACUAGCUAGAGUCAGAAGCAGUGGUUUGCUCUUGAUUUCCAAAUCCAAUUUAUGGAGAAACAAGCCAGGAAUUUUGAACUGGGUAUCACAAUAAACAAAAUAUGGAAGGAUCUUUGGCAGUUUGUUUAGCAACUCUCAUUGGCUACAGGAGCCAAGCAGGAUCAAUUAAGCAGCAUGCACUAGCUCAUUUACAAGAAACCCUAAUUCUGAAAAAUUCUGGUUUACUUUGAUGUGCAUCCUCCAGUAAAUUACCCAUUAUAUCAAUUAAUUUAGCUUUAUCACAGUGACGUAGAACUCUAAUUUGAGUCUUUAUGCAUACUGAUUAGUUCUCUACAAAAAUCAGAAGGUCUCUCUUCCAAAGGAAGGUAGAACAUAUGAAAUAAGGCUCAUUCACACAUUUUGUGAUCCUUCCAAAUAUUUAUAGUGGUAAGAACAUAACUAGUGCAAAUGAAGGUUAAAAAUAUGUUAAAUCAUCACCAUAAUACUGUGAAUAUUAGCUCUUCAGCUUUUACAAGAGGAAUAUUUAAACACUGUGGUACAAGAGCAUGCAUACAGCCUCUGCUCAUACUCCUAAAGUUCAAAUGGUCCAGCUCUGUGUUCUGAAUAAUCAGGUUUUUAAUGGCAAUUCCUAAAGAAUGUAAUUUGUGUGCAUCAAGAGGGAGGAAAGUGCUCUGGCAGUUGCUGAUGAUGAUAACUCAUAUAUUAGAAAUGAUACUGAGUACAUAUACGGGUGGAAGGUUUGCCUAGUAUCUGACAGUUCUGCACUGAGAUAAUUAACAAUUCUCUUUUUGAUGGCAGUCAUCCAGAUAAUCUUGUAACACUGGUAUAGAAAUAAUUCAUGCACAAAUCCAGUUUCAGACUAAAUGUGUUCAACUACUUACUGGCUGUAAACUACACCAGGAAUGGAGAAUCCAUGUCCCCAUAUUCUCUAAGGGUCUGCAGGCUACACACAUCCAUGUGGCUUGGGGGACAUAGGUUGCCCAUCCAUGUUGUUGUGAUAACCAAUUGCAUUGUUUUUUAAAGAAUAUGAUGUAAUAGUUUAUCUAAAACUUAAAAUGUGUGAAAACAAAAUGUAUCCUCAUAUAAUACCAUGCAAAUACUUGAAACAUAUUAAUACAGUAUUUUCAAAAGGAAAAAUUAGUUCCAAAAUAUGAAGAACUGAAAAUUUGAUUUUAUUUUAAAAUUAUGAGACGUUACAAUAUAAAAUAAGAGGUCCAUUGGAUUCUCAGUUUUCUGAAGUUCAGAAAUUUUGAAGUAGAACGUUUGGGAUAUAAUAUGCAUUUUGGUGCAGUAAUUUAAUAUUCAAAAAAAUUGAGUUCAGAACGUUUUAUCACUGGGCCCACUUUGAAAAAAAAAUCUUAGAGGAUAUAACUUACUUUCUUAACCCAGACCAUGAGUCUGCAAGCAGAAUUUAAGAUGUUUGAAGAAGUAUGCUCAGUGAGGCUCAUUUGGAAGAAUAUAAUUGUUCUGUGUUUGGAGGUAACUAGUUGACAUAUCUAAAUUUAUAAAACUCUACAAAAUUAGUUCACUUGAAAUUUAGAAAUAGUUUCAUGUUCCAACAUUUUGUCAACUUCAGUAUUUUAGCCAUUACAGUAUUUAUUAUGUGCAUUUUAUACCCACUGCCCAUGAUUCCUACAUUUGAUGCUGUUGCCCAUUACUUGUGAUUGAGUUUGUAGUUAGUCAACUCUUUUAUAACUCCCCAUUCCAUUCUCUAAAAUAAAUGUUAAUAAAUAAUUGUUUAAACUAAGGAGCUGGAUUAAAAGCAUAAAACAGCACAACCUUGCAAAAACAAAAUAAGGCUCUGGGUGGUGGUAACCCAAGCUUAAGUUUUUUUAGAUCAUGCCAAAUGGCAGGUCCAGAUAUAGUUUAUUUUACCAAACAUGUCUUUCUCUCCUUUCUCCACUGGUCCUUUUAGCCAAUCAUUUCUGAAAUAUAGUACACAUAGGGACAUUCCUACAUUUGCUGCCAGAGGCCCCCCUAUCACUCUUAUGUCACUAUCAACAACUUGGUGCUGGCGUGCAACAAAUAGAGAAAAAUUCCAGUUUCUCUGCAGCCAUUGGAAAGUAGCUUUUCCUUCAACUGUACAUCCACAUUGGAGGUAAAUGCACUUGUGCAUUCUCUACCCUACACUUUGCUGCUUUAUUACAGAGAAUGCUUACCAUGCUUCCUAUCUCCUUGGUUAUUGUUUAGCCAACAUUAACUCCAUUUCCGAAAACACCAUUCAUGAGAACAAUGUGCAGCAAAAGCAGACUAGAUGUACAGUUUCUUAGGAAUGACUUGCAGCUUGCCCAGGCUAUGAUAUGACAGGGUUCACUCUGUUUUCCAAAAAUGAUUGCAGUGCACCCAAAAUUAAUGUAACAAAAUGCAUAGUUCUGAAUCCUAACUACAAGACCAGUGCUGCAGAUAAUACACAGUAAUAUAUUUGUAGAUACUUGCUUCAUUUUCAUUAUUUUUCCUGUUGUGUAGGGCACAGGACAACUAUAAAUUGGAAAUUAUGUGCAAUUCUUUUUUCUAAAAUUUCAUCACCUUUUGCUAGCUACUUUCAAGGCUGUUUCAGAUGACAAUAGCAUGUAUUUCCUUUUCUGGAAGUAAACCUUAAUGAAAUAGGAUUUAUUUUGAAAUAAAUAUGUAUAGGAAUGCACAAAUAGCAAUAACCUUUUAUUCCCGUUAAAGGUUAAAAGUACAGUAGUGCUCCACUGUAAAAGUCAAUAUUCACUGUUGAUUUUCUAAGUAUCAAAUUCUGUAUUAAUGUACAAUUUUGGAAUCUGAGUACUUUAUUAUUUUAGGGAUAGAAUUAUUUAAAAUUAAUUUUUAUUUAACAUAAUGGUUCCCACUUUAAAUUCCCUUUUGACUGCAGUGAGAAUAUUGCAUUUUUCUUAUAAAAUGGGGAUUAUUUGGAUGAAAUAAUUCUGUUGUACAUCAAAGUCAUUGGAUUUGUGCCUUGAUUUAAUCACAGCUGAAUGAAACUCACUACAGUCAGUGGAAAUUAGAUUAGUCCUAACUAAGUUCCACUGAUUUCACUGAAUCAAACAGUUAAGUUUGAAUUCAUCUUGAUAGCAACUCUCAAAUUGUGCUUACUUCACCACAAGGUAUAUUCUGAACAAUAUCAGUUCUGCAUACAAGAUAAAAACUUCCGUUUGGAAUUGAUGGAAUGUUAAUAUAUUAGAUAUGUAAAAGGCCCUUGUAUUUUUACUUUAUCUAAAUAUUUAAUAUUGUAUUAAAUUACGUUAUAUGGUAUACAAACAUGAAGUGGGAUGUUCCAAUUUGGGUAAUAUAGUAAUGGAAGUUCUUGUAUUUUUUUUAAUCUUCUAUAAGAGUUUUAAAAAGUCAGCUGGGUGUGUGUGAAGAAGGUGGUAUGUGAUAAAAUCUGCUUCCAUUUUAAGACCUUAUAACUCAAGGAGAAAAAGAAUGUAAAUUAACUUUGUAUUUGUCAGUAGACCAUAAUGUGUAUGACUUUUUUCCUUAGGAAAAUUAUUUUCAACUUCUCAGAGAGCAAUAAAUCUAUUGUUCUUCCUUCCUAUUUAAUUGCCACGUUAAUACUUUUGUGAAUUUCUGUUUUUAGAAAUUUCACAGAAUCUCAUUUUUUAUUAGUGUGAAGUGUUCAUGAGAAGCCCUUACCUCCUUAAUUCUCAUAUAUUCAUGCAUGCUUGAUCCAUUCUAUUCCAAAUAUUUAAUUGUUCAAAUGAAUAUCAGUGUGUUGGUUUUUAUUGGGAAGGUAUUAACUUAAACCUGCUAAUGAACUACCUUGCCAUUAAAGAUAACCUCAUAUAAUUGCUGCACCGUGGAUUUUUUUUUUUAAGUUGCAGUGUUGUCUUCCGGGUUUUCUUAUUAUACAGUGAAAAAAAUCCUGAUCAUCUGACAAUAGAUUUUAUCUCUGUAACCAUGUCGACUGUUAAUAAAUAUUUAACAUCUCAAA